AUGAAACCAGAACAGACCAAAGUGGUGUUUUUCUUGGUAGCCUUAAUGGCGGCAUUCAUUCCCCGACCAUCGGAAGCAGGUGCGCCGCUCGUAUAUUGCUCGACAACAAAGAUAGACAGAGUACCGGGCUGUUUCAGUGCGUUGAAGGUAGCUGUGUUACAGAGAAUUUACAAACAGCUAACAGUCCAAUGCUGUAGAGCUGUUUACGCAACACUUCCUGAGACUUGCUUCUUGAAAGUCAUUGAUGGUCUAAGUUUACCUAUGAUUAACUUCAGAACCGUUUGUACUAUGGUUCCUCCUGCUGCUGCUGGACCAAAUUAA